CGCGGGCGGCUCCCUGCAGCUGCCAAGCGGGGUCUGGCGGCGAGACGGUCCCAGCGCGCUGCCCCCGGGAGGAGUCGGACGCUGCCCGGACGCCCCGCAUGGCUCUGUGCCCGGCGCCCGAGGCCCGGGUGCGCCUGGUGCUCUUCGGGGCGGCGGGCGUGGGCAAGACGGCGCUGGUCCGCCGCUUCCUGCAGGACACCUUCGAGGCGCGGCACCGGCGCACGGUGGAGGAGCUGCACCUGCUGGAGCUGGAGCUGGAGGCGGGCUCCGGGCUGCGCCUCCGCCUGGAGAUCCUGGACACGAGCGGCAGCUACAGCUUCCCGGCCAUGCGGCGCCUCUGCAUCAGCCGCGCCGACGCCUUCGCCCUGGUCUACUCGCUGCAGGAGCCCGACUCCUUCGCCGAGGUGCAGCGGCUGCGGGACGAGAUCCUGGAGGCCAAGCGGGGCGCGGUGCCCUUCGUGGUGGUGGGGAACAAGAGCGACCUGGCGCCGGGCGAGCCCGACCCGCGCAUCGCCGCCGCGCAGCGGGACUGGGGCUGCCCCUGCCUGGAGGCGUCGGCCAAGCAGGGGCGCAACGUGGUCGGCCUCUUCCAGGAGCUGCUGAGCCAGGUCAACCUGCCCGGGCGGCUCAGCCCGGCCCUGCAGCGCCGCCGGCCCCAGACCUUCUCCAAGGAGCCGCCCCGCCGGAGCGCCAAGAGCCACGGCUGCGCUGUCUGCUAGGGCCCGGCAGGGCUGAGAGCGGACCCCGGGGUGCCGCGGCCAGCGGGCCCCAGAGCCGGGCGGGAGGGGCUCCCCCGGCAGCUGGAGAGAGCCGGACUGGAGCUGCCUGCAGGGCGCUCCCGGUCCGCCCGCUGAGAGUGACCCGUUCGGGAUUGUUCCCCGCGUGCCAGCGGGGGGAGGAGCGGGCUCUGCUCCCCAUGUACCCCGCCUCCAGGCUGCAGCAGGCUCGGGGUGUUCCUGUGUGCCCUGCGUGCGCCCACGGGCGGCUCUCCAGGGCUGUGCGCUCCGGGCAUGGGGAACCCCAGCCUGGCCGAGCCGGAGAGCUUCGGGAGCAAGGUGUCGGAGCCGAGCAACGAGCCCGGCGAGAGUGCGGGGACUGUGGCUUUCUCUCUCCCUUUUGCUGGGUUCGGAGGGCAGGGGAAGCUUCAAAGACAGCUCCCUGCCUCUUGUUAGCUUGUCCCGGACCUCUGGGGAUGCCGAUGUGGGUCUCCCAAUCUCGGCAGCGGUAGGAUGAGCGCUCACACCGCCUCUGCCAAAGCCUGCCUUUCUCCAUAACCUUCUCGGUCACUGAGGUUACAGGGCUCCUAAAGCCAGAGCUGUAAACGGGCGGGCUCAAAAUCCCUUCCCUGCCCAGGCUGCAGCUGCCAGGGGCCUGACCUUGUUCCAGGGGAUUUGCUGAGGGCAGCUGAGUUUCUAAUAUCAGAAUAAAGCUGCCCAGCUGCUCCCACUCUUGUCCUGCGGUGAGUCCCACCACCCGCCUCCCUGCGUAAGGACAAAGGCACAGCGUCCCCCCCACCCCUUCCUUGGAGGGGCCUGCUCAGCAGCCCUGUGCUACGGGCCAGGGCGGGGCAGGGCUUCACGUGUAAUGAAGGAGCUGCUGGGGCUCCUGCGAUUUGUUUACACUCCUACCUGGUGCGGCAAGCCCGGAGCGGCCGGCCGGGGCUCAAGCCUGGCACAAACUACGCGCUGCAGCGGGCGGCCCCGGUGGGGAAGCGGCUCCGGCUGCGAGGCCAAAGGGCCCCAGGCGAUGUGUGGUCCUGCGCCGCAGCUCCCCGGGCGCACUGCGAGAGACGCAAGGACGGAACGACCCCCCUCGGCCUCUGGCACCUCUUACUGCGGGGAGCAGCCAGAGCCGCCUAGAAUCGAGCCAGCUGUGGGGGGAGUGUGAAAAGGUGAAGGGGGGCGGGGGGGUAUUGCAGAGCGCGGCCCCCGCCAAAACACGGCUCCAGGAAUGACGCUGUAAGGGGACCCAGGCAUGUGUUAAGCUACUUGUUUCUUCGUGUUCCGUGACCACUCUAGCUUCCUGUAAUAAACCACUGUGUGGACGAGUCCCUGUGUCUAAGUGCCUUGGCCCUGACCGCUGCGUCGCCGGCUGCGGUGGGCAGAGCCCUGUCCGCCCGGGCCCGCGGUUCUCCAGCUCCCCGCUUCCCGGCCUCUUGGUGCGCUGCAGCCGCUGCUCCCUGCCCUUGGAGUGGCACCAGCUCUAAUUCACGGUUCCAGGGCCAAGAUUUUAGGAAUGUAAAACUGCCUCAGAACCCAAACUCCGCUGCCAGUUCGUACCCACUCCUCGGCCCCACAGGGCCGCGGGACAUGGACCCUUCCACAGAAGGCCCUGCCGACUCUCUCUCGGGGUACAGUCUCUGUUUGGAAGAGGGCUGCGUGCAGGGUAUUGGGUUAAGAACUCGUUUAAUUUCCCUUUUGGGCACUCUUCUGUCCCUCCGCGAACUACACAACCGGCUGGGAGAUAAAAGCAACUCUCAGAUAGGGAGCCUGGGCAAGCAAAUUUACGGUCACAUCAAUCUUGCUGGAAAGAAUGUUUUUGCGCUUUAACUUGCACAGCUGAAGACUCAGACUUGCCCCUUUUAAUGAAUUUACUGCAGUUAUUUAAAUGUGAAUUCAAUCCAUUUGAAUAACAUUUGGGUCUUUGACGCUAACUUGUCAAAUAACAAACAGGAAAUUAAUAGAUUUUGCUACACCAGAUCAGACUAUUUCAUCCAUCAAAUCCAGUACCCCGCCUUCAACAGCAGCCGAUACCUCAUACUUUAAAGAAAGGGGGCCAGGGGGACGCUGCUUGCCAAGUUCCUUUGUGAAUAGUUUGUUGAAGUCACACCUACUAAGACUUUGCAAUAAGGCCAGUUUCAAACGGGCCAGCUCAAAAUCCCUUCCCUGCCCAGGCUGCAGCUGGGGCUGUGCCCACAGCUAAACACCCCCCUGCAGCUUGAGGCGCCUAGAGAAGCGGUUGCUCGCCCUGCAAGAUUCCUCCUGUGUUUGUUUCAAAGCCUUACCACAGGGUGUGGGGCGGUGGUAAAUAGAUGAUGUUGACGAUGAUUAACAAAAGUACCCAACCUCAAUCUCCUUGAAACCAGGGCUGAGCUGA